GGGUGCUGCUUAUAAACGGUGGCAGUUAAGAGGCUAAAAACUAAACAUGGCUUUUGGAAUUGUGCAGAAGCGGCACAUGGAUAAAUGAUUUUAGCAUUGAGCAUGGAAGGUGGUGUGAUACAGUGCUGGCAGAAGACUCUUUCUCUGGGUUAGGAGCAGUUGCACCUUUUGAAAGUCUCCCAGGAUCUGGAAGCUGCUUCUUGUCAGAAACAACCUCUGCAAAAACUACCCAUGAGUUCUUGUUUGGUGCCCUUGCUGAACUUGUAGAUAAUGCCAGAGAUGCAGAUGCUACAAGAAUAGAUAUUUACACUGAACAACGGGAAGACCUACGAGGUGGAUUCAUGCUCUGUUUUUUGGAUGAUGGAACAGGAAUGGAUUCAAAUGAAGCUGCCAGUGUUAUUCAGUUUGGUAAAUCAGCCAAGCGAUCACCUGAGUCAACUCAAAUUGGGCAGUACGGGAACGGCUUGAAAUCGGGUUCCAUGCGGAUUGGGAAAGAUUUCAUCAUGUUCACGAAGAAGGACAACACCAUGACUUGCCUCUUCUUGUCAAGGACAUUCCAUGAGGAAGAAGGCAUCGACGAGGUAGUUGUUCCCCUGCCCACCUGGAACGCAUGCAGCCAGGAGCCUCUGACUGACAACGCAGAGAAGUUUGCUAUUGAGACGGAGAUCAUUUACAAGUAUUCCCCUUUCAAAUCAGAACAGGAAGUGAUGGAGCAGUUUAGUAAGAUCCGUGGUAAGAAAGGCACCCUGGUGAUCAUCUUUAACCUCAAACUAAUGGAUAAUGGAGAACCAGAGCUGGAUGUGACUUCUGACCCCCGAGACAUUCAGAUGGCAGAAACAUCCCCAGAGGGAACAAAGCCUGAGCGCCGCUCCUUCCGUGCCUAUGCUGCUGUGCUUUAUAUUGAUCCCAGAAUGAGAAUCUUCAUAAAUGGACACAAAGUACAAACCAAGCGACUUUCCUGCUGCCUGUACAAGCCAAGGAUGUACAAAUAUACUUCAAACCGUUUCAAGACCCGUGCAGAACAAGAGGUGAAGAAAGCAGAGCACAUGGCCAGGAUAGCGGAGGAGAAGGCUCGUGAGGCAGAGAGUAAAGCCCGUGCCCUUGAGCUGCGCCUGGGAGGGGAUCUCACACGGGAGUCCAGGGUGAUGCUACGUCAGGUCCAAAACUCUGCAAUAACAACGCGCCGGGAGGCUGAUGUCAAGAAAAGGAUCAAGGAUGCAAAGCAGAGGGCACUGAAGGAGCCCAAAGAAUUGAGUUUUAUCUUUGGUGUAAACAUUGAGCAGCGUGAACUGGAUGGCAUGUUCAUUUAUAACUGCAGUAGACUGAUCAAGAUGUAUGAGAAGGUGGGCCCACAACUGGAAGGUGGCAUGGCAUGUGGUGGAGUGGUAGGCGUUGUGGACGUGCCCUACUUGGUUCUGGAACCAACCCAUAAUAAACAAGACUUCGCUGAUGCCAAAGAGUAUCGACACUUGCUGAAAGCCAUGGGAGAGCAUUUGGCUCAGUAUUGGAAGGAUGUUGCUAUAGCCCAGAGAGGUAUUGUCAAGUUCUGGGAUGAAUUUGGGUAUUUGUCAGCAAACUGGAACCAGCCUCCAUCUAGUGAACUGCGCUACAAACGCCGGAGAGCCAUGGAGAUCCCUACCACAAUUCAGUGCGAUGUAUGUUUGAAAUGGAGGACUCUCCCAUUCCAGCUGAGUUCAGUGGAGAAGAAUUACCCUGAUAGCUGGGUGUGCUCCAUGAACCCUGAUCCUGAACAAGACAGAUGUGAAGCACCAGAGCAGAAGCAGAAGGUACCACUGGGAACUCUGAAGAAAGACUUGAAAUCACAGGAGGAAAAGCAGAAACAACUGACAGACAAAAUUCGCCAGCAGCAGGAAAAGCUGGAAGCUCUACAGAAAACCACUCCAAUCCGAUGUCAAGCUGACUUGAAGAAGCUGCCUCUGCAAGUGACCACACGGCCUGCAAGGGAGAACGCCCAGUCACAGACCCGACCACAGCGCCCACGAUCUCCACCUUUACCUGAUGUAAUCAAGAAUGCUCCCAGCAGACCACCACCACCUUCACCUCUUCCCAAGUCCAUCAGUCAGCUGAAAAAGAGCUCUUCAGCUUGGCCAGAUAUCAGCACUCCCAAACUGGCAAUCGCGCUCUCCAAAGAGGAGGCCAGCACUUCCAGGACAUACCAGCACAAAGUAACAGAUGGGAAGUUUAAUAGCACUUUAAAAACUCUUGCCAAACCAGCUACAACAAUGAAGCCACCCUGUACUGUCCUGCAGAACCCCAAAAGUUCACGUGAGACACCCAGUUCAAAAGCUCCCAAGGUGCCUGCACUAAAGAAAUCUGCGACUGUCAAAUGCCCACAGGCCUCUACCACCAGGAAGAGGACCUUGAACAAUGCCACAGAGGAUGGGUCUGAGGAAGAGGGGGAACACAAGAAGAAGACAAAACGAGGCAAAUUUGUGGCAGUGAAAGAGGAGAAAAAGGAUUCCAGUGAGGUGGUGGUAGAGCUCACUGACAGUGCUGGGGAAGAAGAGCUGGCAGAACUGAAGAAAGCUCAGAAAGAUAAAGGGCUGCAUGUGGAAGUGCGUGUGAACAAGGAGUGGUUCACAGGCCGUGUCACAGCUGUGGAGACCGGCAAGCGUGCGGUACGCUGGAAAGUGAAGUUUGACUAUGUUCCUACAGACACCACACCAAGGGAUCGUUGGGUAGAGAAGGGCAGCGAAGAUGUGAGGUUGAUGAAGCCUCCCUCCCCUGAGUACCAGGCUCCAGAUACACAGCAGGAAGAGGAAGUUGUUGUGGCUGAACCUUCUAUGUCAGACUGUGUCAGAAUUGAACCUGACACCACAGGUCCCAGCAGCAGCCAAGAAACAGUAGACUUACUAGUUCAGAUCCUUCGAAAUUGUUUGCGGUACUUCUUACCUCCGAAUUUUCCUAUCUCCAAGAAAGAGCUGAGUUCCAUGAGCUCAGAAGGAUUGUUGGCAUUUCCCUUGAAAGAAUAUUUCAAACAGUAUGAGGUAGGCCUGCAGAACCUGUGCAAUUCAUACCAGACACGUGCUGAUGCCCGGGCCAAAGCCUGUGAAGAAAACUUCCGUGACUCAGAGAGAAAGCUGAAGGAAACAGAGGAGAAACUGCAGAAGCUGAGGACUAACAUAGUGGCCCUUCUGCAGAAAGUGCAGGAGGAUAUUGAUAUUAAUACAGAUGAUGAACUGGAUGCAUAUAUCGAGGACCUGAUCACGAAAGGAGAUUGAGCAGCCCUAGAGAAGUCCUAGAGAAGUACAGAGGAGCUGGUUGCUGCGAUGGGAGAUGUGGAUUCCUGCCGUGGAGGACUGUGAUAGCUGAUGAGGAGAGAAGGUUUUUAGACAGUACUUCAGUUUUGUUGGUGUACAGCUUAUUCCUGUGACUUUACAUUAAAAAGACAUUUGUGCUGUUGGCAGGAGAAUUUUUAACAUUGUAGUUCUCUGAAUCUCUUCCCUUUGUUUAUAAAUAUUUAUUUUUAAAAGAAAUAGGAACUCUGCCUGACAGGAUGGUAGAGUUGCUGUGUAUUUAGUGACAUUAAAGUGUUUUUUUGCAUCUGGGAUAUAUUAAUAUGCUAAACUUGGAAGACCAGAACAUCCUGCCUAGCAGGUUGUCUUAAGUAAGAACCUGGCAGCAUCUUAAAAAUAAGCCUCGAGUUACAGAAGAGUGGGGUCAGUACUUACACUUCCAAGAUACUGAACUUGGACUAGAGAAAGCGCAGUUAGGAAUCUGAGCUUCAUAGUCGAGAUCAAAACACAGUCCCUGUGUGAGCAUGAGUGGAGGGGGUGAAAUCUUGGUUGUUCUGAGGAAGUUGGUGGCAGGGGAUUGCCAGUGCAGUGAGAUUCCCAGACACGAGGUCUCCAUAAGCAGGUGAAGUUGUCACCGUUUAGAAGAGGAUGACUUGAGGUGCUUGCAGUAGGCUGUGAUUGUCUGAGACAGAAAGCGGAAGUUGAGAUUUUGCUGCUGUUUCUUUGAGACCAAAUUGCAAUGACAGAAUAACUCCUUUACCAGCUGAAAAUAAAGUGACCCUCUGUUCUGUUGUCAA